UAUUCCGCGACGUGCCAGUGAGAAAUCUCGUUAGACGCACGCAGAGACAGAUCGCUCGCUAAAGAUGAGGACAUCUUGAGGAUGGCCUGCGCGCAUUCGGACUAAAAGUGCACCAUUGCGCAUCAGUGGGAGGUUUUUUUUUUUUAUCUGGACAAGCCACUAAAGGACAUGUCGGAGAAACACGGCCUCGAAGACUCCAGCCGGCAGACAAUGCAGCCCCCUCCAUACCCCCAAGACCCUAACGUACCUCAACACGCCAACAUGGCACCCAGCGCUCAGUCCGGCUAUCCCCCACUGCCGCCACCCACGGGCGCAGAGGGAUACCUCCAAGAGACUCAGUUCCACUGUAACACAAUGGGACCCCCCGGGGCUCCACAGGGCUACACGGUCCAGACUCAGGGCCCAGGAGGAACCAUACCACAUCCCCCUGUGGGGUACCUCCACCCUGGAUACCCUCUGCAGCUGCAGCCGUGCACAGCUUACGUUCCUGUGUACCCUAUGGCGUCGGGACAACCCUACAUGCCAGCCACAGGAGGCCACCCGGCGAUCCCACCGGGUCAGAUUCAUCCCAUGCAAAUGCCGCCCAACAUCACCUUAAUGGACCGCAGACCUCCACAUGACUACCUGCCCAUCGCUGUGCUCACUACUGUGUGCUGCUUCUGGCCCACUGGCAUCAUUGCCAUCAUCAAAGCAGUGCAGGUGCGUACGGCGAUCGCCAGAGGGGACAUGGUGACGGCGGAGAUCGCUUCCCGCGAGGCCCGCAACUUCUCCUUCAUCAGCCUGGCCGUGGGCAUCGCCUCCAUUGUGCUCUGCACCAUCCUCACCGUGGUCGUCAUCAUCGCCUCGCAGCAUCACGACGACGACUGGGAGCCGUAACCGCGCGCCGCAUCGGAAUCCAUCACAGCGAGUUAAUUACAUGGAAAGAGUAGCGGUGAUAAUGUGUAUCCCUACUGCUCGCAGCUACACACCCAUGUGACCAAAUACACACACUGGAUGCCAAAUACUGAUGAGUGUUGCUGUGAUCCAACUAAUAUUUACAUAUUUUUCAUAGGUGAAGUGACAGUGUCGACCAAAAUCAUCAAGUCCCGGUGAACCCUCUUCUUCCUAUUCCUUAAGAGUGCCCGCUUAAGUUGAUGUCUGCUUUUGUCCACACUAAAUUUGAGAUGCAAAUUUUAAUGAAAAAAUGGUGAGUAUAUGUUCAGAUGUGAUGUAAUAGUGUCAACUUCAUCACUAUUGCUAAGCGGCGUGGAACGACAACAGUGUGUCGUCUAGGUGCAGAUUGGGACUUCCUGUUCAGUGCAAAGUAAGAGUCAAACUAAAACUGAAGAGUGUAACUGAUUUUUACAGUCUUGGUGCCGUGACAAAAGAGUUUUAAGUCACUCGAAUACAGUGGAACCCGCUUAUGUUGACAACCCGUCUAAUGUCGACAACACAACUGAUGUGACAACCCGAAUGUCAACAACACAUCUCAUGCCACAACCCGUCUAGUUUGACGGCCUGUCUGAGGUCAACAUAUUGUCUAACGUGACAACUCGUGUAAUGUUGACAACCGGUCUGUCGACCACCCGUCUAAUGUGACCACCUGACUAAUGUCACAACCCAACUAAUGUGACAACCUGUUCAAUUUCACCACUCAUCGAAAGUGACAACCUGUCUAAUGCCAACAAGUCGUCUAAAGUGACAACUCAUCUAAUGUGACAAUAUGUCUAAUGUCACAACCCGUCUAAUGUGACAUGUCUGCCACAACCCAUCUAAUGUGACAUGUCUAAUGUUGACAUGUCUGUCACAACCAAUCUAAUGUGACAUGUCUAAUGUCACAACCAAUCUAAUGUGACAACCCAUCUAAUGUCACUACCCAUCUAAUGUAACAACAUGUCUAAUGUCACAACCCGUCUAAUCUCACAACCCGUCUAAUGUGACAUGUCUGUCACAACCCAUCUAAUGUGACAUGUCUAAUGUCACAACCAAUCUAAUGUGACAACCCAUCUAAUGUCACUAUCCAUCUAAUGUAACAACAUGUCUAAUGUCACAACCUAUCUAAUGUCACUACCCAUCUAAUGUAACAACAUGUCUAAUGUCACAACCCGUCUAAUCUCACAACCCAUCUAAUGUGACAUGUCUGUCACAACCUAUCUAAUGUGACAUGUCUAAUGUCACAACCAAUCUAAUGUGACAACCCAUCUAAUGUCACUACCCAUCUAAUGUGACAACAUGUCUAAUGUCACAACCCGUCUAAUCUCACAACCCAUCUAAUGUGACAUGUCUGUCACAACCCAUCUAAUGUGACAUGUCUAAUGUCACAACCAAUCUAAUGUGACAACCCAUCUAAUGUCACUACCCAUCUAAUGUGACAACAUGUCUAAUGUCACAACCCAUCUAAUGUGACAACCCGACUGAUGUCACAACCCAUCUAAUGUGACAACCUGUCAAAUGUCACAACCCAUCUAAUGUCAACAACCUGUCUAAUGUCACAACCCAUCUAAUGUGACAACCCGACUGAUGUCACAACUCAUCUAAUGUGACAACCCGACUGAUGUCACAACCCAUCUAAUGUUACAACCCUGUCUAAUGUCACAACCCAUCUAAUGUGACAACCCGACUGAAGUCACAACCCAUCUAAUGUGACAACCUGUCUGUCACAACCCAUCUGUGUCAACCCGACUAAUGUCAUAACCCGUCUAAUGUGACAAACUGUCUAAGGUGACAACCCGUCUAAUGUUGUCAACCUGUGUAUUGUGACAACUGUUCUAAGGUGACAACCCGUCUUAUUUCGACAACCUGCCUAAUGUCAACAACCCAUCUAGAGUGACAACCUGUCUAAUGUGACAUGUUUAAUGUCAUAACCCAUCUAAUGAGACAACCUGUCUAGUGUCAACAACCAAUCUAAUGUCAACAACCUGUCUUGAGUAACAACCCAUCUACAUAUUUUUACAACUUAUCUAUUUUCAACAACCCGUCUAUUUUCAACAAUAUUGGUCUAAUGUCAACAACCUGUCUAAUGUCAACAACCCAUCUAAUGCUGACAACUGGUUGAAUGUCGACAACCCGUCUAAUUUCGACAACCGGUUAAAUGUCAACAACCCAUCUAUGUAGACCAAAUCAUUACGUACCAAUGUCAACAACUCAUCUAAUGUGACAACCUGUCUAAAGUCGCAACCCAUCUAAUGUCACAACCCAUCUAAUGUCACAACUCAACUAAUCUAACAACCCAACUAAUGUGACAAACCGUCUAAGAUAUCCCCCCUUUUAAUGUUGACAACCUGUCUAUCGUGACAACCGGUGUAAGGCGACAACCCGUCUAAUGUUGACAACCGGUCUAAGGUGACAACCCGUCUAAAGUCACCAGCUCAUCUAAUGUGACAACCCAUCUAUGUGGAACAAUUAGUAAAUGUGCAGUCAAUGAGUAGUUUGGUUUUGUGCUAGCCAGUUUAGGGAGCGUCGACAUAAACGGGUUGCACUGUAAUAACAGGCUUUGUCACAUGUUUACUAUCGCCCAUUCUUGCUCUUAAAUUGGGCUUUCCAUGGCGGUUGAUGUCGACGACCGCUUAUGUCGACGCGAGCGUGGCCCACUGUGUGCUAACACUCCAGCAAGUAUGUACAAUAUCCAUUUACAAUAGGAGGGGUGCAAAAACUGUGCCAUGUUGAAACCGUGUGCUGCUAUCCGUGUUACUGCAAGUGUUAAGAGAUCCAUACCCGUUUAAAAGACCAAAUGUUAAAACAUUUUUAAAUAGUGUAGAAUUGUUAAUUUUUUUUGAAAAUGUGUUGCUUAUUGCUUUGUUUCAUAGCUGCCAUGCAGUGAUGUCACACUUUAUCGUGAGAGGUUGCAGCUUAAUACAUGCACAGUGGCGUACAUGCAUGACAAUUAAUGCAUUUGUGGUGAAGCGGCUGUAAAAGUAGGUGAUUUAUUCAACACGAUGUACAGUAGAUGCUGUCUAAAUGGAAGCAUUGAUAGAUUUAAUAUUUCUUUUUGUACGCGUUAUAGCUUACGUUGCGCUGCCCGGUCACAAAGAGGCAGCAUACAAGCUUGCAUGUCGUCCUCACUUUGUUUCCCUUUUCUUUGCAAUAUUGAUACAGUAUUUAAUUAUACUCCUGUGCAAUGAGUCAGGAUUUGAAUACAGUACACAAUUAUGGUAUUGGAAAGCUUCAAAAUGAAUGUUUGUGAUAGAAGAAUAUGAAUAAUGCCUGGACUGGUUUGUAGCACUUUGUUUUUUUUUAAUGUAAAUUCCCUUUUCUCUGUGGUUCUCAUGUCCUAUCUAAUCCUUGGACCUGGUUUUAAACAUAUCUUGCUUCCCCUUUAUUGGGCACUGUUUUCCAAAAUCCUACAGUAAUUCAUAUUAUUAUGGAAAGAAAAGUGUUCAAUUAUUAUUUUUUUUUUCUUUUUAUGUGCCAAAUUUGCUUUAUCGCUCAGAAAUCACAUAUUUUGUGUAUGUUUUUUUAAAAUGUACAGUAUAUAUGUAAAAAAAAAAAAAAAAACCUCACUACCAAAAGUAUGGAUUAUAGUUUAUGCUUUCACCCUUAAAUCAAUGCUCAAAACCAGGGGUUCCUAAACUACGGCCCGUGGGCCGGAUCCGGCCCGCCAGCGUCCAAAAUCAGGCCCGCGGGAAGUCCCAAGUAUA